AUGGCCGACGUGCAAGAACGCCUCAAGAAGCUCGGCGUGAGCGCCCGAACCGGUAAUGGCAAGGGCACUCCCCGCAGAGCCGUCAAGCGCGCGCCCGCUCGAUCCGGCGCCGACGACAAGAAGCUUCAGCAGACUUUGAAGAAGCUCAACACCCAACCCAUCCAGGCCAUCGAGGAGGUAAACAUGUUCAAGUCUGACGGCAACGUUAUCCACUUCUCCGCUCCCAAGGUCCACGCCGCUGUUCCUUCAAACACCUUUGCCAUAUACGGCAACGGCGAGGACAAGGAGCUCACCGAACUCGUUCCCGGCAUCUUGAACCAGCUCGGCCCCGAUUCUCUGGCCUCUCUCCGCAAGCUCGCGGAGAGCUACCAGAACAUGCAGAAGGCCGAGAAGGGUGACGAUGACGACGAGAUUCCGGACUUGGUGGAGGGCGAGAACUUUGAGAGCAAGGUUGAGUAA